AUCUUCUUGUUUCCUCGUUUGGUCCUCGUUUUCUGGUGUUAGGGUUUUCUCUUUUCUCUGGGAGGGAGGGAAGUGGGAACGAUCUGUUCUCUUGUUUGUUUCUUUCUGAUCAUCUAAGCUUAAAGAUCCUCCUCAAUCAUGUCGGGGAAGAAGGUUACCUUGAAGAGCUCCGAUGGAGAGACCUUCGAUGUUGAUGAAGCCGUUGCCCUUGAAUCCCAGACCAUCAAGCACAUGAUCGAGGACGAUUGUGCUGAUAACGGGAUCCCCUUGCCCAACGUCACCAGUAAGAUCUUGUCCAAGGUUAUUGAGUACUGUAAGAAGCACGUCGAGACUCCUAAGACCGACGAUCGUGGUGCUGAGGAUGAGUUGAAGAACUGGGACGCCGAGUUUGUCAAGGUCGACCAGGCCACACUUUUCGAUCUCAUAUUGGCAGCUAACUACUUGAACAUAAAAAGCUUGCUGGAUCUUACUUGCCAAACGGUGGCGGACAUGAUCAAGGGUAAAACUCCGGAGGAGAUAAGAAAGACAUUCAACAUCAAGAAUGACUUCACCCCCGAGGAGGAAGAGGAAGUGAGGAGGGAGAAUCAGUGGGCUUUCGAGUGAGAUACCCGAAGCCUUUGCAUCCUUUUUUUCUUUUGGGAGGAAGAAUUAAGGUUUUCAUUGUUUGCCAAAAGACCUACUUUUUUUCCUUCUUUAAUUAGACGAAGAACGUAGCUCUACUUAUUUUCUAUGCUCUCUAUUAUUCAGUAGGUACGUGUAUAUAGUAUUACUAAAUUGGUCGUUGGUGGUGGGCGCGCUACAGUGCUAGGGGCCGAUCUCAGCUUCCUUUUUGUUAUUUUGUAUGCCAACGAACCUCAAAUCAUCUAUUACUGUGGAUUGUUGCCCUUCCCGAA